AUGGAAAGCUCAUCGGAUCAAGUUGAUCAAUUCCUUGCAUGCUAUCGGAACUGGAUGAUCGAACAACAACAACUUCUUGAAGAGCUCCUACAAGUGCACAACCAAAACCCAAACGACGAGAAAGAACUUCGUUGUGUCAUCGAAAAACUUAUCAAACACUUUCAAGACUAUACUAAUAGAAGAGCGCAACUUGCAAUAGACGAAGCUUCAUCCUUUCUCGCACCUACGUGGUGUACUUCCUUUGAGAAUGCUUACCUAUGGUUCGGGGGUUGCAGACCCUCGUUAAUGAUUCAACUCGUUUACUCGCUCUGUGGUUCUCAACUUGAGUCACAACUCAGUGAGUACUUAGAAGGAGUGAGAAGAAGCAACAUAGGGGAGUUAUCAGCAGAUCAACUCAUUCUUGUUAGUGAGUUACAGUGUAGAACAAUUCUGGAAGAAGAACGAAUUUCAAAGAACAUGGAUAGUUUACAAGAGAAUAUAGCUGAUUAUUGUCCACUCGCUAAGCUUGCUAACAACUCAAACGAUUCAGAAACUGAUGAUCAGUCCCAUAUUGGGCAAGUGGAACAGGCUUUAGAUUCACAUUCUAAAGAUCUGGAUAGCAUAUUAGUUGACUCAGAUAAGUUGAGGAUGAAUACUUUGAAAGAACUUAUAAGCAUCUUCACACCAUUACAAGCGGUGGAACUACUGAUUGCGGGAAAGAAACUUCAUCUUAACAUGCAUCAGCUAGAAGGGCCAAGAGAGGAAUCACAUCCCUAG